UGAUUUGGGUUUGGUGAAUAAUUUCUCAAUUAGGCCUACCUACGGUAUUGACCUACUUUGUGAUAUACAAACGUUCUCAUAUGUGGAUCCUGUUCACAGUUGGAAGGAGCUACGGUCUGCGAUUCAAACACGACUUACCGUUUUGUUUGAUGCUUCCCAGGCAUCCUUUGAUCUGUCGUCUACUCUCGCACUCUCAGUCUGAUCACAAAAGACUCGCAUUUGCUUCUGUACUCCAGGAAUUCGAAACAUGCUCUCUUCUUCAAUGUUGAUGUGCUGGAUAGUUCAAGAUGUUGAAUUAUUUAACCACAAAUGAGUGUUGGAAGGAAUAACGCCACACACUGGGACCUCCGGCCUUGCAAACGUGACUGCAGCAAACAGACUGCAGCAGUAUUUAUAAUCUGUGCCAGUAUAACUGUGCCUACAUUUGUUUUAUGAGACUUGUGGAGGUCUAGAUCCAGUUAUGUGCCUCAAUAUCAAUUUCAUCUUGGAGAAGGAUAGAAACACCUGUGUAUCCGUAUCGUCAUUCAGCUUGGCUUAUAUUUUCUGCCCAGGAUGUUAGUGGAACUUGGGACUCUUUUUCAGAUAUUGGAACUAAAAACUUGUUUAAACGAACGAACCUAAUGCACUGGGACAAUGAGAGUCAGUGUGUCUUAUCAAUGUAGGCCUUCGCUCGACCUAAUCUUUUAUUCUCACCUUGACCUUUGGAAAUUUUGUCAUUCUCUACAAGAUCAGACAAUAAGGCAGUCAGUUAUUUUUGCUGAUGACAUUUUACUAUUUUAGCAGGAUGUCUAAGAUUUGAGUUCAUUGCAUUCACAAUGAAUUGUUUUCCCUGUUCGUUGAUUGAAAUUUAAUACCUAAUCAUGGACAGGAAGAGAGGACUAAUUCUCAUUUGGGGCUGAGGCAUUGUUUUAGCAAUGAUACUUAUUGUAUCUUGUGUGUGAGUGAAUUGGUGUAACUGUCAAUUCCCUAGCUUCUUUAAAUAAUGUCAUCACUUGUCAGUCGAUUAGCAGUUGCCGGUAAAGAAAUCGCCAUGAUGCCCAUAAACACUUUCCAUUCUCUUCGCAUUGGGCGGCAGGAUCGCGUGAAGAAAAGGAAGCGUGGAAAGCAUGAAUUGGAAGAGGUUUCUGGGUCAGAUGUCAUGAAUAUGGAACAGGGCAGUCUUCUCAAUAGUAGUGGUCGACGUCGAAAUGGGCGUAAUUCUGGUAGGGCUUCGAUUGAUAGCUGUCACAGUCAUAUUGGACAAAACUUAGGAGGGGUUUCAAGUGAUAGCAGCCACUCAAAGGUUGGGGAUAUAAACCUACACGUCGGUGGUGGAAUGAGUGAAAUUGAGUCCAUUCCUUGCAUGUGCAGUUGUCGAAAUUCGGAAAAUGACAUCUGUGAACUUCAUUCGGAUUUAGCAGUUGACGACACUCUGAAAGAAAUUCCUUCACAUGAUUUAAGGAGAUCAGGUUUUACUGAGAAUGAGUUGUUGGUGCACAAUUCAGGAAGUCUUGUUACAAGACAACACGUAAAUGAUGACCCUGUUUCUGUCCAUGACAUGGAGGGUUUGGUGACUAGAGUUCCUGCUACUGGGGGUCCUGUCAUUAUUGAUGAUGCUAGGCAUCUUGUUGAAGAGAAGUAUGUGACAAAUCGAGGGCAUAGCAUGGGCCAUUUUGCGGAUCAGAAGCACGAGGAUGGUGGAGAAUGGAAAAGUAAAACAGAACAUUUAACUGGGCAGAAAAAAGCAGCUGGUGCUGGGCAAAAUGAAAAAUAUUUGGCAGAGGGGGAGCACAAUGUUUGUGGGGGGCAUGAUGUAAUGGGACAUUCUGUGGAGCACUUGGUUUGUGGAGGGUCUGAUGUAGGACAUUCAGCAGGGAAGCAACAUGUUGCCACUGGAAUAAGUGAAGGGCAUACUACUACCCUAGAUGUAAGACAUGUCGGUCACCCAGACAUAGGGCAUCCGACUGAGCCAAAACCUGCAUUGAUCGGAGAACAUGUGACUCUCCAUGUCACGGGGCAUACAGCAGAGCCAAAGCAAGUAACAGCUGGGGGUCAUGUCACUUUCCAUGGUCUUGGCGACUCUUUGCGUAGGCUCGCUGCAAGUGGCAGCCUUAUUCACUCGGGAUCAUUGUAUGAUGGUGAUGCUCUCCUUUUGGAUGAUGAUGCUGAUGACACAACAAGCAUUAGCGAAGAGUCAUACGGAGAUGGGGAACCUUCUGAGAAUGGCCAGACAUUUCUCAUGGCAGCCAGUGCCCAGGGCAAUGUUGAGGUGGUCAAGAGGUUGCUGGAAAAUGAUGUGGAAGUGAACGCAGUUGACUUCGAUGAUUGGACAGCGCUGCACUAUGCCUGCAAGGAAGGCCAGUUUGAUUGCUUGGUUACGUUGCUGGACAAUGGGGCGAGCAUCGAACAGAGAGAUGUGGGUGGCUGGACACCACUGAUGUGGGCGUGUUACAAAGGAAAGGCUGACAUGGUCCGUCUCCUGCUUGAUAAAGGAGCGAAUGUCCAUGUGAAAGGAGAGCAUCAUAUGUCAUGUAUAAUCUGGGCUGCCGGCCGUGGAUAUACAAACAUCGUGGAAAUGCUUCUGGAUAAAGGUGCAAAGGUUAACACUACAGACAAGUAUGGGACCAGUCCCUUGGUUUGGGCUGCGAGAAAAGGUCACAUUGAAAUCAUUCAGGUGCUUCUCGAACAUGGUGCUAACACUGAUACUGCUGGCAUGUACGCGUGGACUCCAUUGAUUGUUGCUGCCAGGCGAGGGUUUGUGGAAGUUGUCCGAGCAAUCUUGGAGAGCAAUCCCAACAUCAACUCGGUGGACAAGGAUGGGUUCACGGCCCUGACCUGUGCAGUGAAGGGAGGGCACGUUGAAGUGGUCGAAGAUCUACUCGAGAAAGGGGCCUACGUCAACCUGACUGAUAAGGAUGGUGAUUCCAUUUUGAUUCAUGCUGUGAGAGCUGGAAACUAUGAAAUUGUCAAGAUUCUCCUCAACAAGUAUGCAGAUGUUGAUGUUCAAGGAUCUGAGAACAAGACCGCCCUCUAUCAUGCUGUAGAGAAGGGUUAUUACGAUAUUGCCAAGGCUAUCGUCGCCUAUAGCUGUGAUCUAGAGCUAACCAGCAAAGAUGGGGAUACUCCGCUCAUGCGGGCGGUCCGUACACGUCACACGGAGAUGGUUGAUCUACUGCUGCACAAAGGGUCGAAAGUCCAGGCCAAAGACAAGAAAGGGGACACUGCCCUUCACCUGGCCUUGAGAGGUCGCAGCAGGAAGGUCACAGAGCUUUUGCUCAGGAAUCCAAAGAACAGUCGUCUGCUCUACCAACCCAAUAAGAAUGGAGAGACACCGUACACCAUUGACGGGAACCAUCAGAAGAGUAUACUCACACAGAUCUAUGGUGCUAGGAAUCUGAAUGCCAGUGAAGCAAAUGAGAAUCUCCUAGGGUAUGAACUCUACAGUAGUACAAUAGCUGAUGUUCUGAGCGAGCCUACCCUGUGUACCCCAAUUACUGUUGGGCUGUAUGCCAAGUGGGGCAGUGGAAAAUCUUUCCUCUUGGACAAACUCAAAACCGAGAUGCAGUUAUUUGAGCACCAGACUGUUGACCGGACGCUCCAGUACACCCCGCUACUCUUCACCUGCUGUACCUUGAUCUCGCUCCUCCUUGGCCUGAUCCUGGGCUUAUUGGUUGGAUGGCCAGGUGGGCUUGGCGUGGGAUGUGGCCUUCUUCUUCUCUUCUUGUCAUUCAUCGGUCUGGUCUGGAUUGGGACAAACUUAAGGGACUGGGACAGUGCCUACAAGAUAAGCGUCUACCUCGGGACAAAGUUUGAAAAUCUCAAGCUACUGCUGCAAGUGAUAUUUUGUAACCCUAGUGAGGUUUCAAAAGAUACAUCUUUAGUGAGGUAUCUUUUCACGGGCAAUACCAAACUGACCACGUUCAGUGGCGAGCAGUCCAUAGCAUUGAUGGUGGCCACUCUGGCCGAUGAAAUGGAGAAAGAGAUUGGUGUCGUCACUGCAAGACUUUUCCGAGUUUUCAAACCUCAAAAGAAUGGCAACAACCGAAGGUACCGAUCAAUCUGCUGCAUUCCAAACUUCGUCUUCGUCAUCUUCGUCCUUCUCUGUAUCAUCGCCUGCAUCAUCCUGAUAGCAUUGUUUCCAUUUGCUAAGAUGUCGUCAAGCGCUAAAGGGUCUUACCACGGCUCCAAAGAAGAUGACGACGAUGACGAUGAGAGCAAGCCGAUUUAUAGCUUUUCACCAAUCUAUGGAACGAUGAUAGCUUUAGGUAUUGUGAUCGUGUUUGCCAUGGUUGGGAAUGUUUAUACGUGGUGGCAGAUGGUCAGUGCUCUGGCCAGACCGCAGAGGAAGCGCGUCAUGGAGGCAAUGAAGAACAUGAAAGCGACAAGAGUCGAAAAGUUCAUCCAGACAUUGAAGGAAGAGGUGGCGAUCAUGAGCGAUAUGGUGCGGAGUUUGAACGGUUUCAUGGGCAACCAGUACCGGUUUGUCCUAUUUGUGGACGGUCUGGACAGUAGUGAGCAAGAGAAACUCCUUCAGGUUCUGGACUUGGUGAAUAUAUUAUUCGUGGAGAUGGAUUCGCCAUUUGUCAUCAUCUUGGCGGUCGACCCUCACAUCAUCAUCAAAGGCAUCGAACAGAACUUACCAAGUCUGUUCCGGGAUUCUAACAUCAAUGGACACGACUAUUUGCGGAAUGUCGUCCAUUUUCCUGUUUUCCUACAAAACCAGGGCCUACCUAUUCAGCGUUUGUUACGACGGCAGCAGAGUCGCCAAAACUGCAGCGAGACCAACAGUAUCGGGAACCAUGUUCAUCGGGAAUCACCCCCCAAGUUGGGUCACCAAGUGAAAAAACUAAGGCAAGAGUCUGUGAUGUCGAGCACCAGUCUCGACAAGGUUGCACGGUCGAAGAAGAAGAAGGACCGUGUGUUCAGCUUCUCGGGGAGUACGAGUAAUUACUUUGCAUCGGCGACUGAUUUGUCCAAGACCCUCGUGAAGAAUGACUACUUCAGUGACAUGAAUCCACGCAGCAUGAGACGGCUCAUGAACAUAGUAGCCAUUACAGGACGACUCCUACGAGCCUACAGUAUAGACUACAGUUGGCAUCGCCUGGCUACCUGGGUGAACAUCACUGAACAGUGGCCGUAUAGGACGUCAUGGAUCAUAUGGUUCUUUGAGGACAAUGAGGAUCUUGAUGAGUCCGUUUCUCUGAAGGAGAUUUAUGAUAAAGUUGUGCCAAGAAUUCCGUUGACGCGAGAAGUUGAACCUCUUCUCGAGAUUGACCGUAAUGUCAAGAAGUUUGAGGUGUUUCUCUCAAACAACAACCCAACGUUGAGCGUUGGCGAUAUCAAGAAAUUCCUACCAUGUUGUAUCAACAUUGACCCUUACCUGAGAAAGAGAAUUCGAGAAUAUAUGAAGGCGUAUGAGCAGCUGCCUCAAGAAUUUCCUGUGACCCAAGUGUUUGGAAGAGCAGGUGGGAGUGACAGCAGCAGCAACGCUCGAGCGAGGAUCUACCGAAGGAAUAGGACUAGAAGUGAUGAUAGUUCUGACACACAAAGUCCCCCUGUCCAAACCCCUGCUAAGAAUAGGAUGACCAAGUCGAGUGGUCAGGGUUUGGGACAUUUGGAUGGCCGACUACCCAACUCAGGAUUCACACCAAAUAUGAGACCAAACCUACAGAACAUUACACCGCCGUACUACUCCCAGUUCCAUCAUCAUCAUCCCUCUGUGAUGACCCCAGUCACUCCGAUGAUGAGGAUGCCGUGUGUCGUACCAACACAACACCACCCCUCAUUUUCUGGUCCACCGUCCUACAUCAUUGGUGGAACAAAGAAAGUUUACCUCAAGGGUGGCGUACCUAAGAAAUUCCUCAGCUCCAUGUUACUCGAUGACGUCUGCCAACUGCUGAUGAAACUAGAAGGACUUGGCACAGCAGCGGUUCAAAAAUAUCAAGAGGAGAUAUUCGUGAAUAACAUUAACGGUUUUGUUCUGUAUAACUGUGACUUAGACGAACUGAAACCUGUUCUUGGUAUGAACUUUGGAGACUGGCAACUUUUUAAGGCCAUGAUUCUUGCCUUGAGGUCACGUGAGGAGGAAGCGUUGAGUGGGGUGCCCUCUAGUGACCGUUAUAUGAACCAUUAUCUUGCCAUUAGUUCUGAGAACUUGCAUAUGGAGUAUCAUGAAUUGACGUCUGAUGCUGGUCCGGCUGUUGCGCUAGAUUUUGAUGAGAACACAGCUGGAAAUUGUUCUUCUGUCUGUGUUGAGGUUACGGAUGGUCCGUUGUCUGAGGACAACAACACGCGACAAGUUGUGGAAAAAUUAGAAAAGUUAGAUAGCAGUGGCGUUCGUAUAGUGAGCGAGAAAGAUUUUGAGAGAAAGGGGCGAUUGGCAAGAAAGAAUAGUAUUGCACAACAAAUCCAAAUGGAGAGUAUGAUACUGAAUGAUGUGAUUGAUGAGUUCAGCGAAGGUGAGAGUGACGAGAAUGAUGCCUCAAGCGACGAAGCUGAUUCAACGAUAUACUUCGCUGCCGAGGAUAAUGAUUUGGAUUCAAGAUUGACAACACCUGAGGUUGCAUCGCCAGAAACUCGGGAGCCAACAUUUCCCGAUACGCAACAGGCAGACGAAUCCCAGCUUGCAAAUAAACUGUACCAUCGUUCUAGUAUGAAGAAACCGGAAAGUUCACAUGCAAUGUCGCCAUUUGCAGGAAACUCAAAAGUUCAGUUCAACAUUCCUGAGAACAGUGAAUCCUUUGAAUUGGGUGCCAUGAAAAACAAUUUCUACGAUGCGAAAUUGAGCGAACUUUCUCCAGAGCAUCUAAGCCCAUUUCCCGAGGAGAUAGACUUGAUGAUGAUGCCAAAUGAUAGCAAGACGCAUCUAUCGUCUGUUUCGCCAGACUUGAGUGAUGAGGAGCAGCACUCCGUGGUGACAUCGCUGAUAAGAAAAGUCAAACCAAAAAAGGUGAAAUCUCCAGAUUCUGAGUCAUCAGAUGGUGCAGAGAGCGUAAAUGCACCGUUACUUGGUAAAAAGGUGCAGAAGAAGAAGGGUGUAAAAGGAUCUCUGAGCGAUAACACCAACAGACCAAAAUACUUUACUGAACCGCUCCAUUCUGCUAACGCUGACAGAGGAACUGAAGUCGAUGUCCAAGUUCAUCGAACAUUAGCAAAUGCUGCAGCGUACACUGCCGGAUACAAACAGGGUGCAGCCUCAGCAACAGGCCCUGGCAAGCCAAGCUCUACCUCUUCCAAAACUAGCUCCCAGGCAUCCUCAAGGAAUCCUUCGACGACUGCUUCCUCUGAGAGCAUAAAAAUGGCACCAGAUGAGUCGAAGAGGUCGUCCGCUCAAUCGUCACGUGAUUCAAGCCCCUCUUCCAUACAUUCUGGGAGACAUAAAAGGUUUUCUGUUACCGAGGUCAAGAUUGAUAUGCCGAUUGGCAGUGACUCCAAAUGUUAGCUGGACUUGACCUACUUCAUGAUGUCAUCAGACUGGUAUUUCUGAUCAUCGCAGUGUGGUCGUGAUGCUCCGGCUGAAAUACUGGUCCUUCAUGAUGAAGUGGUUAAACUGGGCAUAGGACAUGUUAUACAGUACCAUAUAGUAUCAUCCAACAUGUUCCGAUUUAUCGUUUACGUCACCUGUCUCUUAAUACCAGAUUGAUGCAUUGUCCUUGAACUAUCAAAUGUCAUUGGAUGUACUGUCUUGUUCAAAUGUAAAAGGAUGCUGCAAACCGCCAAAUGUUCAUGGAUAAAACUGGGACAUGUUAUUGAGUAUGCAUUAUCUUGCAUUUUCCAGGUUUACUGUAUGCAGCUUCUGUCUCAUAAUAACAGAUUACUGCACUGUCCUUGAACUAAAUCCAGGUAUGGAAUUAUGUACUGUGUAAAACCACAUCACAUUUUAGCAUGCACUUUGCACAAAUACAUUGAGGUAAAAUAAAAGAAUAUUUAUGCACUCUUUUGCAAUCAAGAGCCUUUCACGACCAAAUUCGUAUGGUUCAUACAUAGGACUUGGGUUGUUUUGCCAGGGAUGAAGUCAGUUUCCGUAUCUCGUCAUUGACCCUUUUGAUAUCGAGGCUUGUGGUCACUUAAAGAUACCAGAAGGGCCUCACCGGCCUGUCAUGUUUCAGCUUCUUAUCCACUUGCCAUUUAAGUUGCAGCAUGAAAGCAUGUAUUGAAAGAGAAGCGAGGAUUAAAAUACUAAUUUGUUGUGUUGUCAACCCAAGACUUCUUCAUUAUGUAAAUGUAUAUGUAUCUCCACAUCUAUAACAUCUCCACAUUAUGACAUCUAUUUCUAGUAACAUUUUUCGCACAAAUUUUAUGAUGUGAUUGUAGGUUUUCUCCUCAACAGAGUGGACUGGUUCAUGCAGAGAUGGAAUUUUUUACAGUUCUAUGAUCCCUAUGACAGUGGGACCAAUUUAAAAAUGACAUAUGUUCGCAGACCUUGAUACUUGGGCAUUUUUGUGAGCACUGUGCGCAAGUGUGCUUUCCUCGGGCUGAAUUUUGUGUAGUUCACUACACAGAAUCUGUUGACCUAAUUAAGUUGGUUGAUGGGUCCUCCACAAAAGACGGUUUUUGCCUGCGAUCGGCUUUUCAUGACAAUGAAAAAAAGGGAGU